AAUUUCCGAUGCGAUGAAUGAGCUACAGAAUGACGGUUGCUAUUGAGACGGAUUCGUAGCAUGGAAUGAAAAGUUGCUGGAUUUCCUAUGCUACGCAAAAGGCAUAUUUAGUUAAAGCAAACGUCUCGAUUAGGACUGAAAAUGUCAAGAUUUUGAAAUUGUAGUCCUUUCGGACAAACUACAAGUUCCAAAGAGAGUCGUGAGACGGUGUCGUCACAUCCGGGCACUUUGUUUGCGCGCUAGCUACUCGAAGUUACAGGAGAGAGAGAGAGAGAGAGAGAGAGAGCAGUCAUGUCAUCUCCAGAAAUUCAGUCUCUGUCCUGGGGGCACAUGAAGGUCAAAGGUUGCUCCUCUUCCUACAAAGACUGUAAGGUGUGGCCAGGUGGCAGUCGGGAAUGGGACUGGAGAGAGACUGGGACAGAUCAUUAUCCAGGUGUCCAGCCAGCUGACCUGGAGGAAAUCCUGAGAAAAGGAGUUCAGACGCUGGUCAUAGGAAGAGGAAUGAGUGAAGCAUUACAGGUGCCUCCCUCCACAGUGGAACAUGUGAAGAAACAGGGCGUGGAAAUAAAGGUACUGCAGACUGAGAAGGCUGUGAAAGAGUACAACAACCUUGCAGGACAGGGGGCUAAAGUGGGAGGAGUUUUCCACUCCACUUGCUGAAGAUGCCGAACUUUACGGUGCCUUGUGUCUUGGCUCCAUGUUUUAAAUCUAAAGCAAUUCACUAACCAUGGUUAUUUAGUUGGCACGGAAAGGCUGUUGAAAUAUUCUUUAGUUCUUUAAAAAUGACAGUAUUUACAUAUACAACAUACAAAGGACAAGAUUUUAUUACA